AUGACAUCAUGCAAACGCAUGCAAGAAGUCCUUAAACAUAAUUUUCCUUUGGGGGAUAUUCUCCCAACUCCGAGUUUAUUGGAUGUAAUGGCCUGA